AUGCAAUUCUCUACCGUCGCUUCUGUUGCUGCUGUCGCUGCUGUGGCCUCUGCCGCUUCUAACGUCACCACUGCCACUGCUACCAAGCAGGAGACUACUUUGGUCACCAUCACUUCCUGUGAGUCUCACGUCUGUUCCGAGACUGUUUCUCCAGCUUUGGUUUCCACUGCUACUGUCACCAUCAGCAACGUUGUCACUGAGAUCACUACCUUCUGCCCAUUGCCAACCACCCACUCAACCACGGCUCCAUCUACCUCUGCUGCCCCAGCUGCUAACACCACCCUAACCACUGGUACUGCUUCUUCUACCCACAGUGUCAGCUCUUUCACUGGUGCUGCUGCCAAGGCUUUGCCAGCUGCUGGUGCUUUGUUCGCUGGUGCCGCUGCUUUGUUGUUGUAA